AUGGAGUACGAAAUUGAAUUUUUUGCCCUUGCCCUGUACUCUUGUGCCCUCAUACUGAGCUGCAUCGCUGGAUAUGUCCGUAGAACUUGGCCGAACAUGGGCCGCUUGUUCCAGAACCGAGUGAUGCCUGCGGUGUUCGGAGCUAAGAUGACACUCACAGAGCUUAAAUACUUCAAUGCGACGCAGUCAGAUGGCCGGACUAUAGUGGCAUUCGAGCGCAAGAUCUACCAUGUCAAGGGCGAUUCGGAGAGUGUUUCGGCCGGCAGCCUCCGCCAUGUGGCUGUGACGGAGUUUUGCGGUUAUCUCAACACCACAAUUCGUUUGGAGCCACCGCAGAGGCGGAUUUUGACAGAUAGCGGGGAAAAACUCUUAGAAGCGAGGCAUUCUUGUAUCGGCAUCGCAAUCGAUUGUCUAGGCAAGCCCUUGCUCGUUGAAAACAAAAGAAACUUGCAGAAUGAAGAUAUCUUGACAGAUCAAAUAAUAUUGGAUUGCUUCAAAGAAAGAUGCAAAACUAAAUCCAAUGAAUACGUAAUUCAGAACGCUUUAAAUUCAGCUCAAACGCCGACAUACUUCUAGAUUAAUAAAAUCACAAAUAAAUU